GAGUACUGAGCGAUUAAUAUGAAUAUUGUUGUGAAUAAACAAUUGAAAAUUGUGACGUAAAUGUUGGUUAACAAAUUUUGAUAUUAGGGAUGAAAAAUUUCAAAGUCCCGCGAUGGUAUCAGGAACUCUCUACUCCUCAGGUCGAGAUGCUCUUUGCUUUGGGAAAAUUCAUAAGACGUGAUCAUGAAGAGAAAAUUACAGACAGAACUCAAAAGGCCCUGAACGCCAUCGGAAUAACCUCAACAUUGGUCGAAAUUAAAUCGAAUGACAUUCGAAAUCUUUGGACGAAAAGCUAUUUAGAUCCUGUGCAAUUCCUCUGUGAAAUCUAUAAAUUCAUUACAGGGAAAUUCUUUGAGGAAGAAAAAUACAAAAAAUAUUAUGACUGCAAUGAAAGAAUCAUUCUGUCGUCCAUUGCUAUCCUGAAACUUCCUGAAACAAUAAUUGAGCUUCAUCGUCGUUUGCCCAUGGGAAAUAUCAAUAAAAUUUCAUCGAAACCGUUUCCUCCUAAAGCUGUGUAUGUAAAAAGAAAUGGAAAGUCCCCUUAUUUGGAAUACCCAAGGGCCUCUCCAGAUUGGCGAAUAUAUGAAAAUGAACUGCAGAAAUGGCGCGAAUUGCAAAAAGGCAGAGUUAAUCCUCGCGUUAUCGUACCUGUCCCUUGUCCACCGGGAUGUGAGGAUCUUAAGCUCAAAAUUAAGGAUGAUUUCUCACGAAAUAGGGCGUCUUCGAUGCUAAAGACAGAAGAACCACUAGGCAAAAAUGUUCGGAACAUAAAAAGUAUGACAAGUAAAGACAGUACGACAGCGCUGUCCUCUGAUAUCUCGAAAAUAUCAUGUAUAAGUUCAAAGAAAAAUAAAAUUCAUCAGACCAAGAAAGGCAUGGAAAAUACAAUAACUGUCGACUCAGAAGGAGAAUCUAGUCUUGGUCCUGUAGAGGUGUAUGAAAUGGAAAUGAACUCCGACUUAGCGGAGCUUCCGAAGAAAACAUAUCCGCCUGGAAGGCAAAAUUUAUCUUGGAAAUGGCAGAAUUUUUUUAUGGAGACGGAUGAAGACUUCAGAAUACUUGAGAAGGAAGCAAAUGCUAUUUUGAAAAGUGUUCAAAAAUCCAUUAUGCAAAUAUUUAAUCCUGACGUUUGCAACGGUUGCCGUGCCUGCACACAAAGUAGAGAAAUCGAUGCAAUCGCUGACAAAUCAAAAUCUCUGAAUUUAAUCAUUGAUAAUGUCAUUGCUGAUGAUACGGGAAAAAGAUACAUUGUGAGUUCAAUAGGCAUUGCUCCUCCCGGGGAAAUCAUUUCAGAAGACUCAUUGAACCAGCCCCUAAUAAUUUCCUCGGAGGAUCAAAUAUUCAAGACUUCAGUAAUUGACUCUGUAGUAGUCAAUGAAAAAGAUCAACCCAUUCACAUCAUUCUAGGAAUCUCAAAACAGAUCAAUCAUAUCCCCAAAACAGUUCUUCGAAGGCUUCCAAUGCCCAGAAGAAAUGUGUCCUCCUGCAUCUGCCAUUUCUCAAUUUCUGAAAAAUGUUCUGAAUCCUUGAAUAAUAAAGUAUUUACUGAUUUUGCAAAAAAAUAUCAAGAAAGAGAAAGAAGACAAGAAAAAAAAAAAAAAGAAGAAGAGAGAAAUAUCACAUUUAACGAAUCCCCUCUUAGCGAAACACAUAAGAAUAUUCAGCGAGAUCAAGUUGUUAUAAAUGAUCAGGAAGAUAUGGGCAAGUGUAAGAGCUGCAGUGAUUCUCUGGACAAAUGUCAACAAAAUCCAUUCAAAAAUGUUUUUCAUCCUCUUAUGCACAGUAGAGCGGCUAAGAGUGAAAUGAACAAGGAUCGAAAGAGAUUAAGGGUAAAUGAGUACAGGGAGAAUAUGAAAUUCGCAUUAGAAGGUGUAACUUCAAGCGCCCAAAUUAUAUUAGCCGGAGUCCCAUUACAGCCUCCAAUUACAACUACUCCGGUGUCCAGUGAACUGGAGACCGAUGUCUCAGCUUACGAUAGACACUAUUAUUGUUCGGUGACCGAAUUUGUUGGAAAUGCUCCUAAAUCUCAUAAACAAAUGCCAACACUGUCUCCUCAAGGCAAGAAUAAUAAACAUGAGGGACGGCACCAUAAGGCCGACACAGAAAAAAACAUUGAUGUCGGUGAAACUAAAAUAAUGAAGAAAAAUACAGAAGCUGAAACGAUUGGGGCAAUGAAAUUAGUGAAAAUGAACAUAAACAUGAAUAACGUCAAGGUGAAGGAGAAAGAGAGUUCAGCUGUAUUAGACGAUAGAAAAAAUCAAAUUCAGAAAAAGGAAAAUGCAAUGAAAAGUAGAAAUAAGGAGAGCUUGCUGAUAUUGAUGAAAGCAGCAUUAGGGGAAAUGGCCCAAGAAGGGUAUCUUUUCGCAAAACUCCCUCAGUGCGACAAUAUACCUCCUCUCCAGGCGUGGAUUCGAUACCGCAGCGGAUUCAAGAUCAGUCAAAAAAAAAAAAAUCUUCAAAAAACCCUGAAAACCUGGGAGGCCUGUGAUACUCGACUCUAUAAAAAAAUGAAAGCCCCAACGAUGCACCUCUCAGAAUCUCAAAAAUCGACUCUCACGUGGGGUCAAAUUGAGGAAAUAAGGAGAAAGAUCGCAACGAAGAAGAAAACAUUUUACAGCAGUGUACGCAAGUCUCGAGUACUCCAAUCACGAACGAUAUGGAAUCUCGUUAAUCAUGACAAAAGUCUUAAUGUCAAUUUAAAGAAAUCGUACUUCAUAUACCAAACCAACAAGGAGAGCGAUGGACACCUUUUCAAGCCCUUUGGCUUCAAGGCGAGCUAAAAGUUAAGGGAAUCAGUGGGAGAAGGGAGAAGAAAAUUUGUAGAAUGGGUUAAGAAUAAUUGUCGAUGGAAAUUUCUGUAAAAUCAUCAGAGAGAAUUUUCAUCGUGAAUAAAAUCAGGAAAUAUUUUCUACUACUCUAAAAAGCUCUCUUCGAAAAGUUUCCGUACACUCCAAAUCCAUUAUUUUAGACCAGUGAGCCCCUCAUUUUUCAAACUGAACGAUAUCAGAGUUUUAAAAAAUCCGAACACAUUAACGAUGUGCUUUUAUUUGCAAAAAUAUCACACAUUAAGCGAUAAUGAACAUCAAUGUGCUUUAAUUUCAAAAACAUUAAUAACACCAAACUGAUAAAUCAUCUGAAACUCUCCGAAUAUGAACACGUCUUUAGUUUUUUCUUAUCCUCUCAAGCUAUUCUUUUUCAUCAUCUUGGGAGAAAAAAAAAAAAAAAAAAAAAAAUCUUCACAGAUCUUACAAUUCUAUCAAC